CAAGCACGAUAAGCGUCACGUUUCAAACAUGGGUGAUACCGGUCACGCGGAUAUGUUGCCCGUCGAUACCGCGCGGUUGACAACCGAUUCUGGCUUCAGCGAAUUGCUGAGGUCAGCAGAGCAACUGUCCGCAGCCGUCGAGGGAAACGAGGAUUUGCCGCAGGUCGAAAGAAAUCUUCGACAGCUAUUAGAGGCAUCCAAUGAACUGUGGUCUCGUGUUACACAGACUAGCACCCAGGACAACGAAGCACAGGCCCAUGUCUUAUUAGGCUCGCGAGGAAUAGACUUGUCUCAAAUCUCACAGAAGUUAAAUUCCCUUAGUGCAAGACGCACAUUUGAGCCUUUGGAUCCCAUUGCAGAUACUGACAUUGUCAGUUAUCUUAGGAAUGAAAAAGAAAAUGCGAUUCUCUCCAUUAUUGAGCAGGUCCAUAAGGAUACAUUUGAGCUUACUAGAGCUCAACAAAUGGAACAUAUGCUUGGCGAAUGGAAGCAAAUGCGUUUUGAGAUAAUAAAUGCCAUGACCGCUCCAUCCGGUGAGCUGGUGGAUUUGCGUGGAGCACCACAGCGUACAAAACUAGCUGGUUCAAUGAUCAGUGGUCUAUCCAGUAUAGAAGUCGCAUAUGUAAAAGAAUUGAAGAAUUAUAAUGAUCAUGUACUUAGAGGUAUAACACGGCCCAGUUUAUUCAACACAUUUUGCAAAGCUGCUGAGUCUUUUGACGACAAGAAGAUCGUCGAUUUGUGGCAAAUGGUGAAAUGUAUGGUCGAUAUUCCACCGACACCUAGAGGAGAUCAGAUUAAAUCCAGAAGCAGUUCUGCAAUUGAACAGAAAAUUGUUUUGCAAGCCAGAAAGUAUCUAGAGAACAGAUAUAGAGAGUUUAUGAACUCCAUAAUCAAUGAAAAUUUAAUGCAGGCGAAACGAGGUGGCGUUCCAGGUACCAUACCUCUGGUCAAAAGCUUUGUGGGUGUCAAAGUACAAAAUCUGAGGGACUUGGAGGAUGUUAUGGUCAAAGACAAUUAUGGCUCGACACCGUUGUGGCCUUUAGUAUAUUAUUGCAUGCGAUCCGGAGACUAUAAAGCUGCUCUGCAGUGUUUGAGCCAAUGCCGUGCAGAAUACCCAGAGUUUAAAGCAGCUCUUGAGGAAGCUUGCGACGACCCGCAACAUCAUCCGAGUAGCCGCGCUGAGUCUCUUCUAAAAUUGCAUUACAGAAAACAGGUGCGAUCAGUCACUGAUCCGUACAAAAGAGCGUCUUAUUGCGCAUUGGUUCCUUGUGAGCCAGAUGAUUUGCAUUCUGAAGUGAUAUUUACAGCCGACGAUUACUUGUGGUUAAAGUUGUGUCAAGUGAGAGAUCAGGCAGAUGUUGAAAAUAAACUGACACUGGAUUACUUGCAGACCACAAUUUCAGAAAUAUACGGAGAAACUUAUUAUCACGCUCACGAACAACCAUUCUUGUACUUCUCUAUGCUAUUCUUGACCGGACAGUUCGAAGCGGCCAUAGAAUUCUUAGCUACUGGCGCUGGAGCGAGACAUCUACCGCAUGCGGUACAUCUGGCAGCCGCGAUGCACGAGCAUAAUUUGUUGGCUGUCAGUCAAAGUGUUUUAGCACCUCUUAUAAGCGUGGAUCCUGCCGACAAACCGCCAGCGAAAAGAUUGAACUUUGCUAGAUUGAUACUGUUGUAUGUUAAAAGAUUUGAGUCGUCGGAUCCGAAAGAAAGUCUUCAUUAUUUAUUUUUAUUGAGAUGUAUGAAAGAUCCGUAUGAUCGUAAUAUGUUUGCUGCAUCUGCCGCGGAAAUGGUAGUAGAUGCCUCCCCUGCAAAUCGCGUUUUGUUGGUUGGAAAACUUGACAAAGAUCGAAGACUUCCAGGAAUCUUAGAUCAAUUCCAAAUCAAUACAGAAGAUGUGAUAAAUAUAUGCGCCGAAACGUUGUACAGGAAAGGUCUGCUCGAAGACGCAGUCAUGAUGUAUGAUUUAGCUGGUAAUCACGAAAAGGUUCUUAGUUUGAUGUGCACUCUUUUGACGCAAGUUGUUAGCCAGAGAGGCUCGCCUGGUUCUUUCAGAGCGCGAUUACAGGCUACAGCUAUGGACAUCAGUGCGAGAUACAAAGAUAAUGUGAUUCAAGCGCCUUCAGAAGUGGUAUUUUCGUUCUAUACCUUGAGAGAUCUUAUGGUAUUUUUCGAUCAAUUCCAUAAUGAGCAAUAUCAAAGUGCGCUUAGGACAAUCGCGGAUUCAAAGAUGCUACCUCUUCAAGUGAAGGAAGUUGAUGAAAGGGUGAACGCUUUACGUCGGGUGUCACCCGAUGUGGCUGGCACAUUGGCUGAUGUUCUUUUAGCUACAAUGACGAUUUUGUAUCGUCAGUAUCAAAAAUUGCGAUGUGUCGAACCGGGUGAUGAAAUCGCGAGGGAGCAACAGUUGCACGAUCUUCGAGAGCAAGCGCGAGCAUUAACAAGUUUCGCAGGCACUUUACCGUAUCGUAUGCCAAACGAGACAAACAGCAAACUUGUACAAAUGGAGAUUCUCAUGCAUUAACGUUGAUUGCUAUUAAAUAUAAUCCUUUGAGUUUGUAA